CUUUACUUUACUGUCUCCCAUCACUUUCCCCCUCACCACUAACCCACACCUCUAAUGUUCCUCCAUAUCCGCCGAUGUCUUCAGCUCUCACAACUCCAAACCAGUUUAAGUAAUUGAUGGAGUGGAAGAAGGAGACUUUCACCCGGUAGAGAAGCAGCUGUCAGCAACAAGAGUUGCAAUAAAGACAAACGCCCGAGGGGGUUUUGAAACAGACGGGAAAGCAGCGGAGGCAAGCGAGGAGGAGAAGAAGAAGGAGAAGGGGAAGACUGCUUCAGGUGACCGAGUCGCGAUGGAGGCGCGCGGCAUGCGUGAUUAGGGAGCACCGCUUCUGGAAGACAGAAAGAAAAAAGAAGUGCUCGCUUUGUUGAGGUGGAUUACAAAGUGAACAAGCACCAGAACUGACCGGGAUCGCCUUUGUCUAGAUUUCACUUGACGGAUUAUCUCAUAAUCAUGAACGUGUCGCCCCCAGACCGCAGGAAAAACGUGCGAGAGCUGGCUUUGGAGAUUGGCAUCCGAGUUCUGCUUUUCGGAGUUUUUGUAUUUACAGAGUUUCUGGAGCCAUUUGAGAGAGUGAUUCAACAAGAGGAGCUUUGGCUGUACAAGAAUCCUCUAGUUGAGUCAGACCACAUUCCCAAGAGGGUCAUGUUCGCAAUUUCAUUCCUCACCCCACUGGCGGUGAUAUUUGUAGUGAAGAUAAUUCAGAGGACGGACAAGACGGAGAUCAAAGAGGCAUGUUUAGCUGUGUCCCUGGCUCUCGCCCUCAAUGGAGUCUUCACAAAUACUAUCAAGUUGAUUGUUGGCAGACCUAGACCCGAUUUUUUCCAGCGUUGUUUCCCAGAUGGACAAGGAAAUCUGAAGAUGCUGUGCACCGGGGAGCCAGAUCUAGUCUCUGAGGGACGCAAGAGCUUCCCCAGCAGCCAUUCCUCCUUUGCAUUCUCUGGACUCGGCUUCACCUCCUUCUACCUGGCGGGGAAGCUGCAGUGUUUUACAGAUCAGGGUCGAGGGCGUAGCUGGCGUCUCUGUGCUAUGGUGUUGCCUCUCUACAGCGCCAUGAUGAUUGCAUUGUCCCGGACCUGUGACUACAAACACCACUGGCAAGACGCCUUUGUUGGAGGAGUGAUCGGGUUGCUGUUCGCGUACAUCUGCUAUCGCCAGCACUACCCACCCUUUCUGCACACGGACUGCCACCUGCCUUAUGCCAGUCUGGCUGCUGCUGCUGCCCAAACGCCCUUGCAUCCCCAGGAUGACCCACAGCCCACUGACAAUGCCACCACCCUUCCCCUGGAGGGCUUGACUGAAGGGCCAGUAUGACUAGUGGCCACCACCGAGACUCCCCCCAACACCCUCACCAAGCCACCGAGCCCACCUCCCCAUCCCCAGUGACUGACUGGCUCUUGUAUACAUUCCAGUGGACAAUUAUACACCUCAGCCCAUCUCCUGUUGCACCCUGUCUCGGUGACACCUGCAUUCUUUUUUUUUAUUAUUUUUUUUUUAUAUCUGGUUCUUGCUCAGCAGGCGUGAAAGUCUAUAUUUAGAUGUGAUGUAUGAGAGGAACCCAUGAAUAUGGGACAUCGCCUCUGAGAGGGAAGAAGGAAAAACAUGUUGAAAACCUAAGGAAACACGUCUUACUAAUGGUUGUGAACGAAGAUGAAAAUAUUGCCAGUUUUUACUGGAGUUCUUUUUUUCUUUUUGCUUAAUGAGAAAUGUGGUUUGCCGGUUGUUGGAGUAUAUUUAAUGUUUGGCUGUUAAAGGAUUGGGACAGUAAAUUAGGGAGACCCUGAUAAAUCCCAUGAAAUGUCACAGCAAUCAAACCAUGAAAUCAAACCAGAUAAACUAUUAGAAUAUAAUAUGUUAUAUGUCACACUUUGAAACAAAUUAUGGGAUUUGAUAGCAGCUAGUCAUGCCAGAAAUCUAGUGACUUUCUCUGUUUCAUUUAGACUUUUAGAUGCCCACUGCAUCUUUAGAGGACACCAAUGUGAUGAUUUAAAGGGGACCUAUUAUCGUAUUCCUCAUUUCCCUCACAUAUAUGAUGUCACAAAGUUGGAUGUUCAUAUUAAAUGGGGCGAAAGUUUAAAAUAACUAGGUUAACCUAUGUAAAAGUAAUUCCUGAGAGCAAAAACCUCAGCCUUCAAUAUUUUGCUUCCAAUGUUUGUUUUUCUUUCUUUGAAGAGAAGACAAGCUGAUGUCAGCUUGUGACAGAUUUCUUUAUGUGGUCAUCUGCUUCAGGCCCGUUAUUGAAGUGUUUAUUUUACGUGAUACGGGUUAUUUUACCCUCAUACAACGGUUGGUAUGAUAUCUUACGAAAAUGCACAUACAACGGUUCACAUGAUAUCUAACAAAUUUUGGCGUCACAAAUGACGUUAUGUACUUAACAUAAAAUUACACUGGUUAGGUUUAGGAAGAGAAACAAAGCUACAGUGUACCUAAAAAUAAGUCAAAGCUCACUUUGUUUUAUCACAGUCCCAAACACUGGUCCCCUGGGGGAAAGUCCUUUGUAGUUUGACCCUUCCACCACCCUAACCUGGCUCCAUACACAGUCUUUUAGUCUUUGUAUUUAGUCUUUAUUUACUCCUGUCAGUUCAUGCUCACGUGAUCACAGGCUUCCUGAUAACAUGGGAUAUACACAAAUUACCGGCUCGUUUUGUACAUAUAUGUACAAACCUGUAACUUCAUACUAACGUCAAAAAAAUGUGUCAUCUUAGUUGCCAAUGUUCUUAAUUUCUCCCUGAUUUUGGAUCACAUCCCUUUUGGAGCAUGUCCUGUUGUGUAUAGAAGCUAUUAUUGGUGAUUUCUUUCACAGUAGAAAGUGCUGCUAUACUCCAUUCAGUCACUCCCUGGCUGCAAUGAUGGUGAAGAGAUGCAGAGAUGCUGAAGACCAGGACAGGCUAACCAGUCAGAGCAGACUGGGCUUUUUCUCGAGGGGUGCUUAAAGGGGCAGGCACUAAAACCGAGCAUUUCAGACAGAGGGUGAAUACAGGUGUUAGAGCACAGACAGUAUGAGGAAAAUAAAAUGUUUUUUAAAAGCAUGCAAAACUGUUCUAGUGGAAACUCAACAUACAAGCAUGAGCCUAAAAAUGAGCAUAAUAGGUCCCCUUUUAAACCCAAGAACUUGAGGCACUGCUCUAUUCAUACCUCCUCUGCUCUUGGUCACUCUUGGUCUUCCAGUGCAACAAAAUUCCAGAUGUAUAACCAAUACAUUAGCGAAAAGCAUUGGUCCAUGUUGAGGACAGUAUUCAUUGUUCCCCACCUUUACUCUUCUAUAUCCACCCAUUUUUUUAUAUUCCAUUUCCUCCCAUUCUCUCAGGGCUUGUAUAGCUUUCCAGUGCAAUCCUGCAUAUCACCUCUUCCCCAUUCCUCUUCCUCUCCUUGUCACCAUUCAACUUUAUUUUCUCACAAGCCCUGCAUUUAACACAUGCUCCCAAAGGUUACACGGGGACAUGAACCCAAAUUGUAGCUCAUUGAGUGCAGUCUAUAACAGGCAGGUGGGAAUGACGUGGUGGAAGUGUGUCUGGACAGGCACAAACUCCAAUCUGAUCCUGCAUUAAUCCUCAUUAAGGGAGGUCAGCGGCUCCUGCUUAUGAGCGCAUUAGGACUAUAUGAGGUGCCCCACGGACUGCCCGAGCAUUUCAGAUGGCUUUCAGCCCACUGAAGCCCCACAAAUAGACAAUCUCGCAUUCAGGAGACGACAGGCCUGAACCCGGGGCAGCGAUUGUGAUGUAUUAUUCAUCCAUUAAUGUUCCAUUAUUUAUUAAUAUUUCCAGCCUUAAUUUAGGGUAAGCACGUCGAGACAAACACCAAAGAUUUGUAGCUUUCUUCCUGCUUAGGUUAUUCGUUAUGCCCUGUUAUGCUUUAUUGAAUGAGAUGACACAUAGCAAGAUAACUGGUUCCCUAUCAUCAACAAAGCAAUUUGUAGCCUCUUACAAAGUGUUGUUAAAAAGGAUGUAUCAUUUUGUUGCCUUGGUUACUAUGUCUUUUUUGCCAUUGCUGUGACAUGAAUGGGAAGGUGCAGUCUUAUCUUACCUUUAACCCGACCAAGCUUCAUAGGAAGGCAAUGAUUAUAUAUUUGCACUGAAAAGUGAAGGGUGAAAAACAGGAAAUAGCACAUCAAAACAGCAUGAUAUGAAACGAGCAGCAAGCCAAAUGUAGAAGAUCAUUUUGUUAUUUUAUUAUCUUGUCAGAAUGUUAGUCAAGCCUAUUUGUAUAUUUGUUAUCACUGUCAAAAGAUCACACGUUUUUGUAAAAGGCAACAGUUGAAACAGCCGCAUCUUCAGCUGCUGUUUGCUUAAAUAGACAUAGCAAAGCUUCCUUCUUUUCAAAACUCUUUAAACAUCAUUUACUCAAAUUAGCCACAAUCAAGCCUCUGUCACUAUUGCAACCCAUUGGCAGCUUCUUACAACUGUGUGUGUGUGUGUGUGUGUGUGUGUGUGUGUGUGUGUGUGUGCGUG